AUUUCCGAUUCAAACAGUGGCGCGCGGUAUGUUUUCCUCAGUGAAUAACCGACUUUAGUUUUCCUAACAAACGAGUCGCACAUUUUAAUGGAAAUAAACUCCCUAAAGGUUAUGUUUGGAGAAAAAGACAUAUUGGAGCGGUUGUGUGAUACUAAGUUGUUCAUCGGGAGACCGAGGACGUUGACGGUAAGACGUUGUAUUACAAACACUGGGUUAGGUAAUGAUGCCAACGUCUUAAGUUACCGUAGGCUGAAUAUUAGUCAGUGUUAACCCGAGUACUCAUUUUCUAUUAAUGUACGAUAACACAACUAAAGACAACGUACCCAGUUAAGCCCUUUUUAGUGAUACACACCCUGUGACAAUGUUGUGAUAGCAUCUCUUGUUUGAACAGUAAUUGUCCUGCCCUCCUCCGGUGGCUGCUGUCAUCAUGUCCCAGACCAACACGUCUCUGCUGGACCAGGUGGUGCAGUGGAGUCAGGAAACCUGCCGCCAGAGACUCAAGUCUGUCCUACCAGAGCUCACAAUAUCCUCUUUCCCGUAAAUCAAACAGUCUAUGACUAUUACCGCUCAUAGCUCUUAAGCUGAGCCGUAAACAAUUAAACAAGCCAAAAAUACUUGCGCUUAGUUAGAGGAAGGUAAUAUGCAAUACACUCAGUAUGAAUCUCUGUUGACCAUUUUUUGAUUAGUGUUAAGUUUUGUUAAAUGUUUAAUAACUUUCAAGAACAACAUAUGUAGGGGAGAGUGGGGUAAGUUGAGCCCCCCCCCAGUUGCUUGGAAAUGGUAAAAGAAAUUGAUCAUGUGACCAAAUAUUUAGGAGAUGGGCAUCAAUUCAUGGAGUCUGUGAAGGUUAGAAGCGCAUGGGUGAAGGGGUUAGACAUUUAUUUACAAAAAAAAAAAAACAUUUUUCACUCUUGAAAGUGAAUUCAGUCUGUCUUAAGUUUUAUUAGAAUUGUGUUCAGACCAAAAAAGAUAAUUUUAAGUUUGUUUUAUACAUCAAUUGUGGUAUCUAUGAGCUACAUCAGCUCAAAAACCUAACAUAAAAGUCCACCAUUUUAGCUUAGAGGACUAAUAAAGUCAUCAUAGUAGUUCAGGGGUAAGUUGAGCCAUAAAUGAGUCUGAUGAGAGGAUCAGAGUUUCAGUUCAGAUUGUUAAAAUGUUUUACUUUUUCUUUCCAAAAAUACAGCUGUGAAUGUUCUGAACCACUUAAAGGCAUUCUCGUGUUAAAAUGACUUUUUACAAAACAGCUUUUUAGCAGUUAUAUGCAAUAAUAAUAAAAUAAUUAUUGUACCAGUUGAAUAGCAUAUAAUAGAUAAAAAUACACAUGAAUGUGAAGAAGUGACUGCUAUUUAGGGAGAGAGAAGGUGAGGGAGGGCUGGGGUGGAUAGUGGGGGUGUAGUAGGAACAUGGCUCAACUGACCCCGCUCCUAUGGUCAACUUACCCCAUACACGAGGUAAGUUGACCAUAGGAGAUCACUUUUUUUUGGUGUGCUAUAUUAUCAAGACAGUUAUGUUUACACUCAUUCUGUUGGUUUGCAGGGAUACACAACAUCUUGAAAUAUAUGCAGAUACACUAGUUAGAGACAAAACUAUGAUUGCCUUGAUGUAGUGAUCCGAAAUAUGAAAAAUGGCUCAUCUUACCCCACUCUCCCUUUUUCAGUGGAAAUAUAUUUGCCCUAAUGUCUGUCUGGAUUUUCCUUGACUCUUUAAACGCUUUGCAUCAUAAGUCAGAGAGUUGGGAUGAUCAUAUACGUAAGUUUCUUCAUUGUAUUGUUUAUUCCCAAUCUGCUUUCUGUUAUGCCUCAUUCUUUCUGUGACUAAUGUACAAGCUGUCCUAAAAACCAAACAUGUCUGCAGGUAUACUGAGGAUAAUUACGGACAUGUUCCUCCCCCAUAUUCAUUUGUCAGAGCUGGAGGAUGAGUGCUUCUCCAAGAUUUUGCCAAAGGUAAACAAAAGGAUGAGUGUGUUUUGGACCUAUAUGAAUACCAUCAGGGGCAUUCGUUGUUUCACACCAUUUGGCCACAAGUUUGUGUACUUAUCUGUCACAAAUGUUUGCAGGCUGUGACAAUGUUUGACAGCAUGAUGAAAGAAAUCAUGGACCAGGUUGGAGAGCUGUCUAGUCAGAACACUGAGCUGUGUGCCUUACUAAGGAGUAUUCUGCAGGUACACAGGCUGUUUAUUUAAUACUGCCACCAUUUCUACCUGAGAAGUUGAUGGCAUUUAUGAUAUGUGGUAUACUUUCUAAAAGCUUUCUGUUUCUAUUUCAGGCAAUGGUGCAGAUAAUUGAUGCACUUUCCUCUUGUGUGCGUCACAUUGGCACAUUUGAGGAAACUCCUGACCUGGAUUUUAUCCGCUCAUUACCAACUUGCAUCCUGAAAGUUCUGAAGGAAACCUUUCAUCACUGCAAGGUUGGUGUGUAUAAUUCUCCACGUGGUGGUAAUGAUUACAUUGUACUCCUUGAAUAGGUCACAAAUGAUCCAUUUUUCACGACUGAAACGGGGUGAUUAUGCCGUGCAGUAAUAACUGCCAGUGACAUACAGUAUAUGACAUUCACUAUCAGAUUAACUAUACAUAGAAUUCUGAUCAAACCCUAAGUAGUCUAACAUUACUUUAUUCAUAGGCUUUAUGCUUUAAUUCCUUUUAUUUAAACAAAAUAUUGGGAAAUGUAUUACCAGUUCAUGUGAUGUUUUCAGAAGAGACUGUAAUUUGGCAUAUAAAUACAUCCAAAUUUUGGUGACAUCAAAAAUACAAACUGCAGGAGAACUUAAUUUAAUUACCCUUAAUGAGUCUUACUUUUCCAGUAGUCUCUUUUUUUUACCAGAAGUAUACUGAAAUCUGGGAUGCCAACAACUCAAUGAAACCCACUGAAAUUAAACCCACUCUUAUAAGUAUCAUCAGCAGUAUCAGCAGGGAAGAGGGCAGAAAUACCGAACCUCUAUAAAACUAACAGAUUUUCAAAGUAAAAUCAUGCAUUUAUAUUUUUCCUUUUAAGCAUUAUUAUUUGAUUAUGCCAAUAAUUGGAAGAUAAGGUGAAAGUUAAAAAUUAUUUCAAGGUUGUAAAUAAAACAUUAAGCUGAAUCAAUGCAUGCUCUCCACCUUUCAUCAGGAGAGUGAGGUGGUUUACUGUGGCCGCCUGUCGCUAGUGGCUGAUCUGCUGCAGGGACUCUUUAAAGAGGCGUAUUCCCUUCAGAAGGGUCUAUUGGAGCUACUUGACAGGACCCAUCUGGACAGCAAUGCGUCAGAGGAAGAGGUCUCUUAUAUGGUAACAGGUAUGUGGAAACUCAGAAAUAGCAGCGGUGGACCAAUAGUAAUUGGUCCACUGCCACAUUCUCUUAGAUAAAGCACUUCCGCUGUUUCCCUUAUACAGCCUCUAAAUCAUUUUUGAUUCAGUGUAAUUUCAUCCUGACUAGUGAUUCACAGCCUGCUGGACAUCUGCUCGAUUAUCUCAGACCUGGACAUAGCACUGCACGCAAACACAUGGAAAUUCCUUAUCAAGUAAGAAAGGCGCAUCCAUGUCGGGACUGUUGUAAUAUUGUAUUAGAUAUAAAAGUUGCAAAUGUUACAUGUGCUGCAUAAAAUGAAUGAGUCUGAAAAAUUUAAAGGCAAAUAUGACUUUCUUUGAAUUGCCAUUAAUCACUUAGACAGAGUCUGAAGUACCAGUCAUUGGUUGAGGAACAUCUCCAUCACAAAGAAAUCAGCAACAGCCUGUGUGACAACCUGUUAGCAUCCUUCAACAGCUGCUUGGAACUGGCUGAGCAGAUGAAACAUGCUGGUCUUCAGGUAGGAAAGAUCUACCUUUGAAAAAGGUAAAACAUAAUAAGAUAAUAAUGGACAGCUUUAGCAGCUUCUUAUUGUCUGUCAGAUGUUGGCUCAUUGAAUUAAGUUUGUAUUACAGCUCCCAAGAUAUCCUCCAGUGUAUCUACUUUGCAUUUUUUUAAAUCAGAAAAUCUGUGCAAGCUCAUUAAAGAAUGACUAUAAAGUCAAGUACAAUGAGGUGUAUCUUUGUCCUUUCUGUUUUGAUACCAACAAGAUCAUCAUCAGUGUGCUACUCAGUAUUACUAUGUUGUGUGUACAGAAUGAAUGGUGGAUACUGUGCUACUUUUAUGUUUUAAUCCUCUUUGUCCUUUUUAAAGGAGGCAACACAAAGUCCAGAGUACAAGCUGUUCCAGAAAACUGCAAAGAUGUGUCGAUUUUUUGCCAACACUUUGGUUCAUUACCUCAAGGUACAGAAACUUGAACUUUUUCUGAUUCUUACUCCCUUUUGUUGCUCCUAAGUGGCUGGAUGUUUUGUUUAUUUCUUUCAAAUACAAAAAUGCUUAACAUUCAUUUCUUAUCCCCUAUUCAGGAAUUCAAAUAUUUUCUGACCAAGUUUUGCAGCUGUUUUCACAGACUCUACCUCCAGAUCAUUUGGUAAGCAUGUUUGGUUGAGGUUACCGUGACAUUUUAAAGGAUAUCAAGUUAUUUUUUUUAUGAAAAUAAAGCACCAAUUCAGAUUUCCUCCGAUUGUCUUUCAGUAAGUUCCCUCCCAGCUUGUGUGCUCCAACGCUACCCUUGGCUCAGUCAGAAGAGUUGAAAGCUGCAGCUCUUAUUCCCAUGGAUGCCCUACUUCUCCAGCUGCUGCCACUAAGGCCUUUUGCAGAGGUCAUCCUCCAGAAGGACCUGUGUGAGUUUAAAGCUUUGGCAUCAUUGUAUGGAUGAUAAGCUGCACACCAAUUCAUCCUCCUUUUUACACAGUGAAGUUUUCAGUGUGAAUAAACAGCAAUAAACAAGCCCCAUUUUAGCAUUUCCUCUGUCCUUUUACCUCUUACACGUCACACAGAGGUGACACAUCUCUGAUGAUUUGUUUUUGAUGAAGUGGCGACAUGUUGAUUCUCUAACAUAGUUUUAGCAGCUGCUUUAAACAUGAAAUAUGAAACUACCACAUUUCUGUAAUGAUUCAUAUCUCGGUGCCUGCAGGUUUAAGUCCCGAACAUGAGCUUCCUCACUGUCUUCUGCUGGUGAACGUCCUGGGCCAGCUCAGCUCCCAACCAGAGGAGGUGCUGAAGCUUUGGUACACUGGCAGCCAGUUCUCAGAAGAGACCCUGCGGUAAUAAUAAUAAUUGUUUAAAUCCAGAUUUUUUAAAUUAUUUUUUUCUUGUUUUUAAAGGUGUUGAGAUAGUUCUAGCUCCAGCAUUCUCAGCUACAAAUGGGGAAAAAGUAAUAAUAAAAAAGAAAUGAAAUCAUGUAACGCCAGAGGAGAAAAAGAACAGAAGUGAAAUAAGAAGAGGUGCAAGAGGACCAAAAUAACAGAAAAAUAAAUCCAACUUUGAACAAGUCCAUCAAGUUCUGGGGAUUGGCUUAUGUGUUUCUUUGUGUCAUAUAAGAUAAAUACUUGGGUUAGGAGCGAAGCUGUGAAAACACGCUUUUUAAAAUGUUAAACUCAUAAGAAAAAUUGGCGGCCCCUCAUAUUUUCUCAAACAUCUCUCCUGUAGCAGCAUGUAAAGUUCUUUUGAUGAUUUUGUCUGUCUCCAGGCUUCCUCUCUACCAGGCGUUGUUUACUAGUUUCCGGCGGUGCAACACAGAGCGUCAGGUUCCAGUGCUGCUUCCAGGUGUGAUGAUGAAGGGUCAGGCCCAGGUCAACGUCUCUCUGCACCAACAUAUCUGUGUGCAGCUCUGUGCCAAUGUGGCUGCACUUCCUCCAGCAUACUUCCCUGUGCUGGUGAGUUGCACAUAUACAUACAUAGAUACAGUAUAGUCAGUGUGUCAUAAACAGCAUUAAUAGAGAGCAUUUAUAAUGAGGGUCAGUCCUGGUAAUCUUCUGUUUUAGUUAUAAAGACUCAUGACGACUUCUCUAUCUUAUGGACACAAAAAUCAAGCCUAUAAGUAAUUUAAAUAAUGAAGAAUAAGAAUCGAAUAAUAGCUGGUCAGAAGUUGAGAAAGCUCAACUAAGACCGAAACUGAAAAGUCUGGUGGCUGUGGGUUCAAAACAUCUUCAGUCUUUGGUUUGGCUUUUGUAUUGGCUGAUUUUGUGUAUUUUGGAUAUCAGAUUCCAGCCAUAGCUGUUUUUUGAUGCAGGAUUUCCCUCUAUUCAGAGCAAGUUAUUCUUUCACUUUCAUUGCAAUUGUUUCUGUUGGAUUUUCUGUAGUUUUUUUUUUUAUAUCAGACUUCAGUGCAACUCCCUCCUCCUGCCUCCUGUCUGUCUGACUUCCCCUCUCCCUAAUCUGCCUUUUCUCAGGAGUGCUGUUUUGUUGACGCUUUACUUCAGGCUGAUACCCAGACAGCCCUACUGGCGACCGAUGUGUGGUGCUUCACUGCACGGUGAGGGUGUGCUCACGUGAAUCACGUGCAUAGAAAAGGGUACACAGUGACAAAGGAAUUUCCUCUGUACUUAGCUAGAUUAUUUUACCAACUUACUCCACCCUUGAACUUGUGGCUCCUCAGACACCAAAGUCAAGUUUAAACCUUUUACUUGAAUUUUUUUCUGCACUUUUCAACGGAGCUCUUCUUUUGUUCUUGCAGCUAUGGGACAGCAGAACUUUGCCUUCAUCACGUUGUCCUCAUUGCACAGCUGGUGGGUAUAGAUCAAGAAAAUGUAAGAGAUUUUUUUUGUGUGUUCAUGGUUCAGAAAGAAAGAAGGAAAAAAGUCACUGAGGUCUUCUCUUCAUGUACUUUGUGGACCUGGUUUUACAAACUUCCCCUUUUGCUUUGACAUCUGAGCUGUCGGCACUUUGAUAGACUCCUGAAGGUCGUGGAUGUUUCUCCAUGUCUGUGACCUCUUCCCAAGAGCUCUCCCUAAAAUAGCUCUUAAUCCCCUUAAUCUCUCUCUGUAGGGUUGUGAAGAAGUAUGGGGUCCUGCCUGUGUACUGUGGCACCCCAGCAGAGGUGACAAUUAGUGUUGUUGGACCUUUGAGUCACCUUUUCAUAACCUGUAUUGUAGUUAUGUCACCAGAUUGAUCCAGAUCCACUCGACUUUCUACACAGUACCCACCAUCAGUUCUCCACCUAUGAUGUCCUGGAGCUUUAACUCCUCCUGAACCUUCACUCUGGCACUCACAUGGUCCCUCACCUUGUAUCUGUUUCUCCCUCUGCUCCUUCAGGUGAAAGCUUGCACAGCUGAGUGUUACCAGUCAUUCCACCUGGGCCUGCUGCUCAAACGCAUGGUUUUCCUCAUGACACCAAUUCACCAGGUUAGAAAGACUGGAGCUGAAACUUAAAGGGAUAUUCUGGCGUAAAACUAGAGUCAAACACACUGCAACACCGAGUUAGACGCCCCCUUGAGAGAUGAAUGUUGCCAACCGCUUGCUUCUCUAGUUAUACCAACUUUAGUAACGACCGCACGAUAGCAAUAGACAGUCUGAGGAGCCAUAAACAAACCUUAACCAAAACGCCACUCUAUAGCCACAAAUAAUGCUCAGAACAGCACCUAACCUCAUCAACGGUACAAUGUACUGGACAUGGCUUUUUAUGAAGUUAGGUGCUGUUCUGAGCAUUAAUUGUGGCUAUAGAGUGGCGUUUUGGUUGAGGUUUGUUUAUGGCUCCUUAGACCGCUGUGUACUGCUAUUGUGCGGUCGUUACUAAAGUUGGUAUAACUAGAGAAGCAAGCGGUCGGCAACAUUCAUCUCUCAAGGGGGCGUCUAACUCGGUGUCACAGUGUGUUUGACCCUAACUUAAUUUUACGCCGGAAUAUCCCUUUAAAACAUCAUUUAUCACUGAAAUUUGUUUCAAGUGUUCCAAAAGUUUCCACCCCCACAUCAAACAGACUACAUUACCCUGAUGUUUGUUUUACAACGUAAGAUCUAGGGGAAAAAAAGUUGAGAUUUUUCGAAAUAAGUUGUUGUGUUGUUAUGAUCAAAGUGACACCAAAAACAUACCUUUUGUUUUCUGAUAACAAUUAUGAGUUUCUUAUGUUGAUGUGUAAUAAAAAUAUAUUUUAGGGUGAAGUUUUUUGACACCAGUGUAAAGUGUUUGUGUUGUUUCUAGAUGGAGCUGGUGACACGUUUUCCACCAUCAGAGGUCGAAAACCUCCCGCUGUGGCGGCGCGUCCUCCCCAGAGCUCUGUCAAAUGAUGCUCGCCACAGUGUAGAGACGGACAUCAUCGGCCUUACUCAAAAAGCUGUGAACGACUGGCAGAGUGGAGGCUACAAAUUGGGACAAGUUAACAAAGUGGUGAGGACAACUUCAUUCAUUAAUCAUUAAAAAGCUACAACCAGCUCACUGACUCAGUGAACACAUGCAUGUUGGUGCUUUUGUCCGUAUAACUGUGGAGAGCCAUCUUUGUGUCACCCGCAGCCACAGGAUCGAGUCUGUUUUGCUCGACUGUGUCCUGAAUGCUUAGAGAGAAAAAAGGGGCAGUGCAAACAUCAAAGAAAAAGCAUCUGCGUAGUUUGUGGCCCUGUGAACGCAUCCAGUUGAUAAAUGUCACAACAAGUGAUAUGAAAAGUAGAUAACCUUGUUCCCAGGGUUAGAUUUAAAUGGCACGGAUAAGUUUGUUGUUACAAGUGCUCACUCUCUCUCCCUUGCUGUGUUUUUUGAGCCAAAUCUUUUAUCAACAGUACUGAGGGUGAGGCCGGUUUCUCCUGGGCUUGACCUUACUUUGAGGGUUCUUCAGGGGUUUGAAGUGUUGACAGCAAAACCCUUGUUUCUCCAGCUUCUGACAAUGAUGGAUGUGAUUUGCGUGUACAAAAGUCACAUUUUAUUUAUUUUACAACUGGUUUAAGAAAAUAGAUUUAAAAAAUGUUUAUGAUUAAGAAAUGAGUCAUCAGAGUGAGUGUGUUUUAUUGUACUGUUUUUAAAAUUUAGUUUAGUCUUUGAAUGCGACACAUUUUAGGAAGUCCUUUUUUUAUGGAAUGAUCCCUCUUCUUAGUCAACAUCAUUAGUCUUUGCAAACAACUAUUCUCUGUCAGAGUGUUUGCAUCUCUUGAUCUGUCUUCUAUCACACCCAAAUGUGCCCGAUUGAUUAAAAACAGGGAAAGAAAUUACAAUGUAAGGAAGCAGGACGAGAAAAACAUUUACAAACACACCAAGCUGUUGUUUUAAAAACAAGUCUCUCGUAUGCCCAGAACAUGGCACUCGCGUCCCUCUCGGCGGUGGUUGGAGGGCAGUCAUCUCCUGGAGAGCAGUGUGUUUUGUCCACGCUACAGAUAAUCACUCAGCUCUGGUCACGAAUGAGUCCAGAACAGGUGAGAUCUAAAUACACACUCACACAUGCUUACAAAGAAGGAUAAUCAGAUGUAUUAAACACACAAGACUUUAACCCUUUCAGGUGAAGACCCACCCUGUGCUCCAGUGUACUCUACGCCUACUCCUUUCAUUAUCGGCUGCUUUAGUGAAAAACCUCGAACAUCAAGUCAUCCUCCAGGUACACUGUUGUAUGCAGAUCAGUCAGAUUGAGACAUGAGAAGACUGUAUUUGACAUCUAUGUGUGUGUGUGUUUUCCAGGCUCUGUCAUGUGUAGAGAUGGUGGUGUCUCAGAAGUGUGCAGAUCAGCUGCAGUUGGCUGCUCUGGAGUUUCUCUCCUCCCUGGGAAAGGUCUUUUUUCCUCCUGACAGUCAGGUAAACUGUCAUAUAUGAGAAUCUUCUCUUUUAUCUAACUGAUGGUCGCCCGUGGAGAAUUUUUCUACAUCUGUUAUCUUUGAAGCCCCACAAAAACAAUCGAAAAAAAAGCAAUAAAAAAAUAAUCACAGAUGCUUCCUUUGUUUUCAAAAACUAAAUUACUGUAGAUUUUUACACCUCAUAUAGUUGAUACCAAUUUUUUCCCCCCUGGUUUUCCCUGGAGGUGGAAUGUGUUUGGACUGGGAAUUGUCGUCUUGUUUAUGGAAAAUAUAAUUAAUAUCAUUUGCAGGGCAGAUAAGAGAAAUAUGAAACGGAAAAAAGGAACAACAGGGACACUGAGGACGACACAUUUGUUCUGUGUUGACGUUUUAUCACUCUGACCUACUGUUGUCUCCACAGAAUCAAAUUCUGCCAAGGCUGAGUGGCCUGUUUGGAGUCCUGUUGUCCGACAAAUCCUGGCUGCUACAUCAGCACGCCCUGGAGGCCUUUUCUCACUUUGCAGAGGUACUACAAGUACAAAUUACUUGCAGAUCAUAUACUCAGCAGUAUCCAGUAGUCCAAACCUUCAUAAAAUCUAACCUCUUCUUUUUGGUAUCCAAGGUUACAAGCCAUGAAGAGGUAAUUUCCCAGAGUUUGUGUGAAGAAAAGACGAAGACAAAGGUUGUCAACUACCUGAGCAAGGUAAGGGUUACCAACAUACUGUGAUGAUAACCAGUCUUUGAUAAACCCAGGAGACGAAAGCCUGUGUUUUGUUGCAGACUGUGAAUGCACAAGAAGAUGUGGAGUCACGGCUGCAGAGGCUGAAGCUGCAGACUGCUGUUAUUGAGCAACACAAUGAGAGGCUGGAGAACAACAAGGAAGAAAACUCGUGUAACAAAGAAGUUACUCAAGCUGUUGUGGAUCCAGAAGUGAGUAUGAAGUCAAACUAAAGCUGUUAGAUAUUACUGUGUGAAGCAACACUGCAUGAGCAUGCAUCUUCAAAAAGCCUGAAUGGCAGCAGGGCGGUACAACACUACCCCCUAGUGUACAUGUGUGCCACAUAUAUUACAGCUAUGUUGAUUAAAAAAAUAUAUAAAAUAUGUGAUAGUGCAAAACAUAUUAGGCAAGAAAUAAACUGAUGAGGAAUUUAAAGUUAAAAAAAAAUCACAAUAUUUAUCAGAUCUAUAGUCAGUUACUCUGUACUUUACUUAGCAAUAACAAAAGCUCUGUAAAAAAGUAUAUUUAUUUAACAAAAUAGUAGUUUUUACAUCAUUUCCUUCUCAGCAAGUCAAAACUAUAUUUCUACAAGCCAGUGUCCCCCCACUCAGACAUAUUGUUUUGAUUAAAAGUUUAACCAACAGAUGUCAUUUUCCUUCUUCUCAGCCGUGUCCAAAGAGAGCUCGGCAGGAGACCAGUGCGGAGGAAGAGUACAGCCGCUACAUCCAGACAGCUGAGAGUGCUUUGAAAGCUCUUCAGGCUCUCAUUGAGGGUAAGGCAAAUAGUGCUGCACCACCUCCACAAUGGCUGGAGUCUCGACUGCAGGAGCUGCAGACCCUCAUUACCAGCUUCAGAACAUCCACAGAGCCGAGCUAGCUGCCAAACUUCUUUUUGUGGCUCAAGGUUUUUUACUUUACACUAAUGUUUUACAUCUAUUCAAGGGUGUGAAAGUCUUUUUUCUUGUUUGCUGCUGUUCAAACUUUUUUAUCUGUGGUCAGUCAUGAUUGUUAUUGUUUAUUAAAUUUGUUAAAAUAUAAUCUCUUGUCUUUAUUUAGAAGUGAAACCGA